AUGGAGGAUUUUCUUCGACAUAUGUUAUCUCCAGAAGAAAUUGCAAUAAAAGAGAGAAUUCACGAGAAAGAAGAACGUUUUCAAGCGAUUUUCCGGGAACAUUAUCAUUUGUGGGAUGAUUUCGUUUACUCUGUACAAAAAGUGAUCGAACCUUUUACCGAAGAAUGGAUACAAGAAGUAUAUAAAAGGAAACCAAAGAGGAAAAUAUUGCAAAAAAUCGAGGAACGCUUUGAUGUGUUGUUGAAAUAUUUGGAGGAGAUUCUUCCAGAAAUGUUGAAUAAAAUUGGGAUUAAUCCAUCAAUAAUCAAGACUCAAGGAGAACAAUUUGAAAAGAUGGGCGUUUUAGCAAGAGCUUGUGAUGUGGAAAAGAAAGGUGAGAGCUUCAAGAUUGAGAAUCUCGACAUUUACAUGCUGACUUACUCGAUGCCGGCAGUGAUCGCUGGGAAUGUCGAUAUCAAAUCAUUAUGGUUAUGCAUGGAGAAUUCUCUGUUCAUCGCCUACACAUCCAAAGAAACAAAUCCGAGUGAGGAAACGAAGAAAAAGGUUAUGGCCUUGUGGAAAAAAGAGAAAUUACUGGCGAUAUCAAAACUGAAAGCUGAACCAUCAAAAAAUGAAAAACAAAAGGCUGAAUCAUCAAAAAAUCUUGAAACAAGAAAAGCUGGGAAUUUGCGAAAAAGUGAAGAACAUCACGAAUUUUUACAGAGAAGUAAAGUGAAGCUCGAGGAAGUCAAGUCCAUUUUCUCGACUCGCUACUAUUUUUGGGAGAUUUACAAUCAACAUUUCGGUGGUAGCAUUUCUUUUUUGGCUCGAAAACUUUUCAAAAGUGAUAUCAUUUUGUCGGAAUGGUUUGAAUUGUUAGAUGAACGAGUGAAUAUUCUUUCUGAAUACCUUCUUAAAACGAUUCCAAAAGCUUUAAAAGAGAUAAAUGUAUCAAUUGAAAGCAUUAAAGCCGAAGCUCGUGCUUUUGAAGAGUCUAAUGAAUACAUUCCGCAUUGCGAACUGAUAGAAAUCGAUGAAUCUCUGAAAAUCGAGUGCUCGAAUGCGGUGAGUUUAGUGUUCAAUGUUGCGCUUGAGAUCUACACUCGGCCAGAAAUCAACACAAUUUGGAUUUCGAGUGUAAACGAUAAACUGUACGCUUUCACUGCAAAGAAAAAAGAUUUGAGUGAUGAAGAGAAAGAGAAAAAAACUGAUGGUUCAUUUCCAUUCCCGAAAGGCAGCUAUUUUUCAUUCACCGAUUUGGAUGAAUUCGAUGAGGAAAAAGAGAAGAUAUCAUCGAAUGAU